AUGGAACCGUUGCAUCGCCCAAACCGGGUUCGCGAAGACAUUCCGUCGUGUUUUGAGCGGCGUAAAAUCAUCGGAAAUUUUUGCUCUCGCAUUAGGUUCAUUACGCGAGAAAAAAGCACUCAACAUCAGGUUCACGCGUUUACUUACGUAUUAUCUCGCUCUUCUUUCUUUAUACGAAACAAACAGGUUGCCGCUCCAGAAUCCGUCCUCAAACGCCGCAAACGCGACGAGCAAUGGGCCGCUCAAAAAGCCAAAGCGGACGCCGAGUCGAAGAAAGCCCAAGAGAAGAAAAGGGAAGAGGUGUUCAAACGCGCCGAAAAGUACGUCAAGGAGUACGAGUCCCAAGAGAAAGAUUUGAUUCGCUUAAAAAGAGAAGCCAGAGCGAAAGGCGGCUUUUACGUCGAACCGGAGCAAAAGUUGAUCUUUGUCAUGCGAUUGAGAGGUUUGAACGACAUGCACCCGAAGACGAGGCACAUUUUACAGUUGUUGCGUUUGAGACAAAUUCACAACGGCGUCUUCAUGAAGGUGAACAAAGCGACGGUGAACGCUUUGAGAAAGGUUGAACCGUACAUCAUGUGGGGGUACCCGAACUUGAAGACGGUGAAGGAUUUGAUUUACAAGAGAGGUCACGGUAAGGUGAACAAGCAACGAAUUCCGUUGACCGAUAACAGCGUGGUGGAGAAAGUGUUGGGUGAUAAAGGUAUCAUUUGCGUGGAAGAUUUGAUCCACGAGAUUUACACCGUCGGCCCGAACUUCAAGGAGUGCGCGAACUUUUUGUGGCCGAUGAAGUUGUCCGCGCCGUUGGGCGGGAUGACCAGAAAGAGAAAUCACUACAUCGAAGGUGGCAUGGCUGGUAACAGAGAGGAGAACAUCAACGCUUUGGUCAGAAGCAUGAACUAA